AUGGCCAGGCGGGGGGGUGCGGGGCCCCUCUGGGCGCUGAGCGGCGUGGCCCUGGGGGUCUGCCUCGCCGGGGUCGCUGGGCAGCUGGUGGAACCCAGCACGGCCCCGCCCAAGCCCAAGCCGCCGCCGCUGACCAAGGAGACGGUGGUGUUCUGGGACAUGCGCCUGUGGCACGUGGUGGGCAUCUUCUCCCUCUUCGUGCUGUCCAUCAUUAUCACUCUGUGCUGUGUUUUCAACUGCCGUGUGCCGAGGACGCGGAAGGAGAUCGAAGCCCGCUACCUGCAGCGGAAGGCGGCCAAGAUGUACACUGACAAGCUGGAGACUGUGCCACCCCUCAAUGAGCUCACAGAGGUUCCUGGAGAUGACAAGAAGAAGAAGAAGAAAAAGGACAGCGUGGACACGGUGGCCAUCAAGGUAGAGGAGGAUGAGAAGAAUGAAGCCAAGAAGUGA